GGAAAGAUAACUCUAAACUGAUGUCGUUCUAGCGCUUGAUUGUGUCUCACGAUUUCAACUGUAAACGGAUUAAAGAGGAAACAUCUCAGUGAGGACAGUAUGGCCUCCCUGGAACUAGACCCCAUGUUUGUGAAGGCUCUCAAACUGCUGCACUCCCGGAACAAGGACUCGGCUGCUCAACUCAAGGCCAUGCUUGACGAUGUCAUCGCACAGAGGCGGGAUCAAAAGGGUGGGUCUAAUGAGUCAGAGAAACCCUCCAAGAAGGAGGAAGAUGCCAGUCGCAAGCGGGAUUCCGAGAAGAGGCACUUAGAGAAGAAUGUGACAGAGUCCUCGCAGGAUUCCAAGAAACCAAGACUAGACUCCCAGGCACCUUCAGAGAAAGAAUCGUCCAAAUCGAGUCGUGAGAAAGAGAAGGAGCGAGAGAAGGAGAAACAGAGGAAGGAGAAAGAGGCCAAGGAGAAAGAAAGGAAGGUGCAGGAGAAGAAAGAGCAAGAGAGGGAGAGAGCUGAGAAAGAAAGACUGGAGCGAGAGAAGGAGCGAGAGAAAAAGGAAGCAGCAGUAGAUGAUGAGUCAACGGAUGAAGAGAGAAGUAUGGAUGCAGACGACUUUGCCUUUGACCUUGGAAUAUCCUGUGUUGUCUGCAGGCAGUUCGAUGUCAGUUCUGGAAAUCAGCUGGUAGAGUGCCAGGAGUGUCACAAUUUGUAUCACCAGGAAUGUCACCGGCCGCCUGUCACGGAGCAGGAUGUGAAUGACCCAAGGUUCGUGUGGUACUGUUCCCGGUGUUCCAAGUCCAUGAAAAAGAUGCAGGUUUCCAAGCCCUCGAAGCCCAAGUCUUCCUCCUCCUCCUCGGCUGUGGCACAGAGCAAGGAGUCUCCUCCUCUCUUCACCAAACCCAGCAAGACGGACACCACACCUGCCAAUGUGCUGCCCUUCAGGAGAAUGGAUGCCAAGACAGUGGUGGUCAAGGAGCCGACUACCACCAAGAGUGUCAGCAGUAAAGAGUCUGGCAACUCUAAACCUCUCAGUGGCCUGGCAAGUCUGGCAGCUAAUCUCGCGGGGAAAAGCGAAACAGCCAAACCAAAGGUGUCAGAGUCAUCCAAGAAAACUGAGAAGUUCAGCUCAAAGGAGUCCAGCAAGCUGACAUCACAGAAAUCAGACUCGGGUAAAACUUCAUCACAGAAGUCUGACCAUUCUGAGAAGAGUUCCAGUUCUUCCAAAUCCAGCUCCUCCAAGUCCUCCAGCUCAUCUACCAGUGUGUCAUCAGGUGGCAGCGGCAAGCAGUCCAGUGGCUCUGCCCCAUCCACAGCGGCAGCCAGUGCUGACAAAAGACUUCAGAUGAUGAAGAAGAAAGCAGCUGCUAAGUUGCACGAGAAGAAGGUCCACUUGAAAUAAAAUCAGCGGAAAGGGCAAGCAGUGAUUUGCACAAUUUGAACUAUAAUGUAACAGUGGAAGUGGUGGCAAACUGUUCAAGUGAGCUUAGUUUUACGCUGCUUUUAGCACUAUUCCAGCAAAUGAUCAAGCUCGCGAGUGCCCAUGUUUCCAAACCCUCAGGCGACACCAAAAAAAGGGUUCACACAUUGUACCCAUGUGGGGAAUCGAAACCAGAGUUUUCGGUGUGAUGAGUGAACGCUUGACCUUCAAGGCUACCCCACCGCCCCUGCAGACUGUUACAAUGCUCACUCGUUAUUGUGAACAGUAGUUUUAUUUAAACAUGGGUACAUGGUGUGGAGCUCAUUAUUGAAAUCAUAUGGGAUUGGGAGUUGAUGCUGAGGGUUUAACUUCCGAAAUGUGUGUGUGUGUGUGUGUGUGUGUGUGUGUGUGUGUGUGAGUGAGUGAUGAUGAUUUUGCACCAUUUUAAACAAUAUUCCAGCAAUAUCAUGGCAAGGGACACCAGAAACGGGCUUCACAUGUUGUACCUACGUGGAGAUUUCAACCUGGGUCUUUAUUUUGAUGAGCAACCCUACUGCCCCAAGUGUAAAAUCUACAGCUGUGUGGAACUAUACUACUCACACUUUGAUAAGGAUCACAACUUUACUUAAAUGUAGAUUUAUGAUAUGAAAUUGUAUCCAUUUAAAACUGGAUAAAUAAUAGUAUGGUAACCCCUCUUUAGGCAGACGGCCACUCUAUGCUAACAUUAUGCACUUGAUACAUGAGUAACCAUAAAAUGGUUUUCAUCAAAUCAACCCUUUUGCAAAUCAUGGAGCGAGUCAUUGACAAAUAAACAACACCUGUCAAUAGCAGGUAUGGGAUCCACAAGAUGCAAUGACAUACUGAAACCUAGGGACCAUGCUUACAAUAAGCUUAGAUAUUUCAACCAAAUUUGACCCCACAUCAUAGUUUUCUGUUGAAUCCAUGAUUUGAUCCUUAGCAGAGUGUGAAUAGUAUAGUUUGUCAGGAUCUGACUUUGAUUGUGACUGACUGAUUGGAAAAGUGGCAGUAUGUCCUAUAUCUGAAAAGUCAGUUAUUUGUGGAUGUCAUCAGAAGUUUGUGAAGAAUCUAUGGAGUUAUUCAGGUGUCUUCUCCUUGAAUUGCUGUCAUCUUUGACAAUAAAAAUGCGAACUAAGA